UUCUUUGAGAUGUCUUUUGUGCCGUACACUCCACAGAGCGACUUCUCGAUACACAAUUUGCCGUAUGGCAUUUUCUCUUUGCAGUCAGACGGCCGGCAUCGUAUUGGUGUGGCAAUAGGCGACCAUGUUGUUGAUGUGUCUGCAAUCUCUGAGCUGUUUACUGGAGACGUGCUUUCUCGAAAUAGAAACGUGUUUGACAAGCCUGUUCUCAAUGAUUUCAUGGCUCUUGGUCGUUCAGCAUGGAGUGAAGCACGACAGACUUUGCAACGGCUUCUGUCAUCACAGGAGGGUAUCAUACGGGACAAUGCCAGUCUGCAGGCAAAGGCUCUUAUUCCUAUGGACAAAGUGAUGAUGCAUUUGCCGGCGAAUAUCGGUGAUUAUACUGACUUCUACUCAUCUAAGGAGCACGCAACUAAUGUGGGAACGAUGUUUCGUGGUCCAGAGAAUGCUCUUAUGCCAAACUGGGUUCAUUUGCCUGUUGGAUAUCACGGCCGUGCUUCAUCUGUUGUGGUUUCUGGCACAGCAAUCCAUCGACCGUGUGGACAGACACGCCCAAAAGAUGGUAGCUGUAUGAAACCACCAGUUUUUGGUCCAUGCAGACUACUGGAUUUUGAGCUCGAAAUGGCAUUUCUCGCUGGUCCUGGUAAUGAUCUUGGUCAACGCAUCUCUAUGGACAAGGCUGAAGAUCACAUCUUUGGUAUGGUGCUCAUGAAUGAUUGGAGCGCUAGAGAUAUUCAGAAGUGGGAAUAUGUGCCUCUUGGUCCGUUUCUUGGUAAGAACUUUGGAACUACGAUAUCUCCAUGGGUUGUGCCAAUGGCAGCACUGGAGCCUUUCAAAGUUGCAAGUCCUGUGCAGGAUCCUGUACCUCUGCCGUAUCUUCGCCAUUCAGAUCCAUAUUCAUUUGACAUUAAUCUGCAGACAGGAAUCAAAGUGCCUGGCAUGGAAACACCAUCAACAGUAUGCCAGUCGAACCACAAGUAUUUGUACUGGACAAUGAAGCAGCAACUUGUCCAUCAUUCAGUAACUGGUUGUAAUAUACAACCCGGAGAUCUCCUAGCAUCAGGAACCAUAAGUGGCAAAACUCCUGAUUCAUAUGGUUCAAUGCUUGAAUUGUCUUGGCGUGGCACUAAACCUCUUACACUCUCUGACGGAUCAACAAGAAAGUUUCUCGCCGAUGGAGACGAAGUUGUAAUGUCUGGUUACUGCCAAGGUGACGGCCAUCGUGUAGGAUUUGGCGAAUGCAGUGGACGUGUGUUGCCAGCUUUGUUGUCUUGAGGAGACAUUAGAACUGCUGCUGUUGCAGACAUUUGUGUGUGUGUGUGUGUGUGUGUGUGUGUGUGUGCGUGCGUGCGUGCGUGUGUGUGUGUGUGUGUGUUUGUCAAGGAUGUAUUUGCGUUGAAUUGAGUUUGCAUUAUCACUUUGUUUGUGUGCAAUCGUAUUACAAUUGGGAUGAUUGGCU